UAUAUAUAAGGCACAGGAAGACACGGGAAGGCUCAUAUCACCGCGCCAUGAAGCUGUCACUUGCAUCCCUCCUAGCGCUGCUGCUUCUCGCCGCAGCGCUGGGUACACGCCCUUCGCAGGCUGACUCCACUCCAGUGAAGGGAGAUGCAGGGCUAAGGAACAAAUUGGAUAUUGCCGAAGAGAUGGACUGUGACCGCUCAUUUGGUCCACGACAAGGUCACGUGCUUUACCGCCGCGCCAAAGGCCUGGGGACCGGUAAUCCUGUCACUGAUCGACCCCGGGGGAAGCCCAUCACGGAGGAGAGGUACCCGAGUUUCAUCCCUUUCCGAAACAGACGGCGGAAUGCCAGAAGGGGUUAGGACGACAGUAACGUUCGGGAGUACCAAGCAGGCCGUGGGGUAAUAAAAACCGCCACUUCACGCUACAAGGGCGCUCAGAGACAUCUUCAAGUUAAUAACUUUGACUAUUGUAUCCUAGAAAGUUACAAUGAUUACGAGUAAACAACCUGCUUUUCUCUCCUCAACUUUCACGGGAAGUGGCAAUUACUCUAAGUGGCCCUUUUUUCGGUCAUUUUGUAGCUUUUAGCAAGUCUCCUUGUAACACAUGAGAUAAUAAAUUAUUAAAAAUUAA